GGUCCUCUGACACAUUUCAGGAUGCCACUGGUAAAAAGGAACAUAGACCCCAGGCACCUGUGCCACACAGCUCUGCCCCGAGGUAUCAAGAAUGAACUGGAAUGUGUCACCAAUAUCUCCUUGGCAAAUAUAAUCAGACAACUGAGUAGCCUAAGUAAAUAUGCUGAAGAUAUCUUUGGUGAACUUUUCAAUGAAGCACACAGUUUCUCAUUUAGAGUCAACUCCUUACAAGAACGUGUAGAUCGCUUGUCCGUCAGUGUUACGCAGCUCGAUCCAAAGGAAGAGGAAUUGUCACUGCAGGACAUUACGAUGAGGAAAGCUUUCCGGAGCUCCACCAUUCAAGACCAGCAGCUGUUUGACCGCAAGACUCUGCCGAUUCCUUUGCAAGAAACUUAUGACAUUUGUGAACAGCCUCCUCCACUUAACAUCCUCACCCCUUACAGGGAUGAUGGAAAAGAAGGUUUGAAGUUUUAUACCAAUCCUUCCUACUUCUUUGAUCUGUGGAAGGAAAAAAUGCUGCAGGACACCGAGGACAAAAGAAAAGAAAAGAGGAAGCAGAAGCAGAAGAAUCUGGAUCGCCCUCAUGAGCCAGAAAAAGUGCCAAGGGCACCUCAUGACAGGCGGAGAGAGUGGCAGAAGUUGGCCCAAGGUCCAGAGCUUGCAGAAGAUGAUGCUAACCUCUUACAUAAGCACAUUGAAGUUGCUAAUGGCCCAGCUUCACAUUUUGAAUCAAGAUCCCAAGCAUAUGUGGACCAUAUGGAUGGAUCAUACUCACUUUCUGCAUUACCCUAUAGCCAGAUGUCUGAACUUCUGAACAGAGCCGAGGAGCGAGUGUUGGUCAGACCACAUGAACCACCACCACCACCUCCCAUGCAUGGGGCAGGAGAGGUGAAACCUGUGCCUCCUUGUGUUAGUUCUACUACUGGCUUGGUAGAAAACCGUCCUCAGUCACCAGCAACAGGCAGAACACCAGUGUUUGUGAGCCCCACUCCUCCUCCUCCACCACCACCACCUCUUCCAUCUGCUUUGUCGACCUCAUCAUUAAGAGCUGCAAUGACUUCUACCCCUCCACCCCCAGUCCCACCUCCUCCACCCCCUCCCACAGCUGCUCUGCAGGCCCCUGCCAUGCCACCUCCACCAGCUCCCCUCCAGAUCGCUCCCGGAGUCCUACAUCCAGCUCCACCCCCAAUUGCUCCUCCCCUAGCACAACCUUCUCCUCCUGUCACUAGAGCUGCCCAAGUGUGUGAAGCUGUACCAGUUCACCCAGUUCCUCCACAAGCUGAGGUACAGGGACUUCCUCCACCACCUCCACCUCCUCCCCUGCCUCCUCCUGGCAUUCGACCAUCCUCUCCUGUCACAGUCGCAGCCCUUUCUCACCCACCUCCCGUUCUGCACCCUCCUCCCACAACCAUUGUCCCUGGCACUCAUGCACCCCUAAUGCCUCCAUCUCCACCAUCCCAAGUGGCUCCUGCUCCCGAACCCAAACGCCAUCCUUCGACUCUUCCUGUCAUCAGUGAUGCGAGAAGUGUUCUGCUGGAAGCCAUACGGAAAGGCAUCCAGCUGCGCAAGGUGGAGGAGCAGCGCGAGCAGGAGGCCAAGCACGAGCGCAUCGAGAACGACGUGGCCACCAUCCUGUCGCGCCGCAUCGCCGUCGAGUACAGCGACUCGGAGGACGACUCGGAGUUCGAUGAGGUGGACUGGCUGGAGUGA